CCCCUCCCACGCACACGAGUGUCACCGAGCCCGUGCUCUGCCUGUCAGGGUGUCAGACACUAGCCGGAUCCUAACGGGACGGGACAACAAAGGCUGCGGGGAGCUCCGGAUCCUGCCGUGCCGGACUGAUUCUACCAUCGGUUUACCGUUUAAGAGGGGCGCACGAUGGCCGAGCGGCAGACCCCGGCGCAGGUAGAUGGCGAUCGCUUGGAUCCCAUGGAUGAUGCAGAAUUGGCCCUUGUGGGGAUCAACAUGCUGCUGAACAACGGAUUUAAGGAAUCGGAUCAGCUCUUCCGCAAAUACAGGAAUCACAGUCCUCUCAUGAGUUUCGGAGCGAGUUUUGUCAGUUUUUUGAACGCCAUGAUGACUUUCGAGGAAGAAAAAAUGCAGCUGGCAUGUGAUGAUUUGAAAAUGACCGAAAAACUGUGUGAGAGUGACGAAGGAGUCAUAGAAACCAUUAAGAAUAAAAUCAAGAAGAAUGCCGACGUGAAGAAGUCUGCUCAUUCCAUGGUUGACCGGCUGCAAAGACAGAUAAUUAUUGCAGACUGCCAGGUUUAUUUAGCGGUGCUUUCCUUUGUUAAGCAGGAGCUGUCAGCUUACAUUAAAGGUGGUUGGAUCCUCCGCAAGGCCUGGAAGAUUUACAAUAAAUGCUAUGUGGACAUUAACACGUUGCAGGAAAUGUGUCCGAAGAAGCAGUCUCAGGAACCCUUAUCUUCUGACGCUGUCAAUGAUAAUCACAUUGCCGCCGAAGGUGUGACCGAGGAGUCCCUUAACCGGCUGAAAGGUGCUGUGAGCUUUGGCUACGGACUUUUUCACCUUUGCAUAUCCAUGGUGCCCCCAAACCUGCUCAAAAUCAUCAACUUGCUGGGUUUUCCAGGAGACCGUCUGCAGGGGCUCUCUUCACUGAUGUAUGCAAGUGAAAGUAAGGACAUGAAGGCCCCUUUAGCUACGCUGGCGUUACUGUGGUAUCACACCGUAGUUCGCCCUUUCUUUGCCCUGGAUGGCAGCGACAACCAAGCAGGACUGAAAGAGGCAAAAGAGAUUCUUCACAGGAAGGAAUCCGCUUACCCAAACUCCUCUCUGUUUAUGUUCUUCAAGGGAAGAAUACAGAGACUAGAGUGUCAAAUAAACAGUGCCUUGACUUCCUUCCACACCGCUCUGGAACUUGCAACAGAUCAAAGAGAGAUACAGCAUGUCUGUCUGUAUGAAAUAGGUUGGUGCAGCAUGAUUGAAUUGAAUUUUAAGGAUGCCUUUCGUUCUUUUGAGAGACUGAAAAAUGAAUCAAGAUGGUCACAGUGUUACUAUGCCUAUUUGACUGCAAUUUGUCAAGGGGCCACAGGAGAUGUGAGUGGGGCACAGGACGUCUUUAAAGAUGUCCAGAAACUCUUCAAAAGGAAGAACAACCAGAUUGAGCAAUUUUCAGUUAAAAAGGGUGAAAGAUUUAGAAAGCAAACGCCAACCAAAGAGCUGUGUGUCCUGGCUGCCAUCGAGGUGCUGUAUCUGUGGAAAGCUCUUCCAAACUGCUCCCUCUCCAACCUCCAGCACAUGAGCCAAGCAUGCCAUGAAGUUUUGGAUCCAUCCGUCAUUGGUUUACGGAAUUUACUUCUUGGCGCAAUUCACAAAUGUUUAGGAAAUUCUGAAGAUGCCGUUCAGUUUUUCCAGCGCGCAGUAAAGGAUGAACUAGGAAGGCAGCAGAACUCGUACGUCCAGCCAUAUGCUUGUUAUGAGCUAGGAUGUCUUUUGUUGGACAAUCCAGAGACAUUGGCAAAGGGGAAAGCUUUACUUUUUCAGGCAAAGGAAGAAUAUGCAGGCUACGACUUUGAGAAUAGAUUGCAUGUACGGAUCCAUGCAGCCUUAGCUUCUCUCCGAGAGGUGGUUCCGCAGUGACAGAGGGGUUAGGACUUCUGUAACCCACAGAAAGCAGAAGAUCAAAAUGACUGAGCAUACGUGAUGUGGUACAUCCACAGGUCCUCUGAAUGCCACCGGUGCCAGGGGCAUGAGACAAUGUACAAUAGAGACCUACUGAAACUGAAUUUAGUUCCUUUUUGUUUGUUUUUUAAUAUGGGAAACAAAGAACACAUUUUAGGCAUCCUUACGUAACUGGGAGACCUUUGCCCUGACUGAUGUGUUUCUUCAAAACUGAGACAUCGAUGUGCAAUGGACAUAUGUGCUGUCUAAAGGCACUUAAACCUCUAGUUCAACUUUUCUUGGGCAGUAGUGUUUUGGGCAUAUAUUGCUUGCCAUAGUUUUUUCUCAGGGGAUUGUUGAAUUUCAACCCACAAUUGAACAGGAGUAAAAAGUGUUCUGUACCAUUCACAUGGGUUGGCAACAACAGGUGGUGCCCACUAUUUGAGUGUUAUGGCAUAAUGGACCCCAAUGAGCUUUGUCAUGGACACUGGGAUCAGUGAACCCCUUGGCUUACCGCUGCCAUUACAUCUUGGGAACUACCAUGGGGGUUCACUGAUCCCAGUAUCCAUGACGUAUUUUUCCAGUACAUGAAUUCAGUCAAUAACUGUAUAUAAUUUAGUAAAUAAAAAAAAUAAA